AUGCUGGCCCUAGAGCCGAUCAGUCGCAAGCUUACCGUCAAUAUCGAGGAGGAUACACCCAGUGUUCGGCCCGUUGUUAAAGGUGCCAUGAAAGAAGCUGCCUACACAUUAACGAGUGCAUACGCUUCCAACGAAGUUCUUGGAUGGUGUGCGCGCGGAUUAGAGCAGCCCAAACACGAUGAAUUCCUAUACAUUCUAUUCAAAAACAUCAUCCAUGCCGCCACGCUUGCCAGUCGAGACUUUGUCAUUCAAGUUGAAGGAUGUGCCGGUGUGUUGAUCUGGUCUCUCCAAGGCAGCAUCAAUACUUGGGUCCCUUCUUGCCUGGCCAGUAUGUUUAAGCUAGCGCGGCUUACCGGAUGGACCUCGGCGUUGAGGACAUACAUGAAGUUCCAGCCUUCGUGCGAUAAGGCGCGGCGCAAAGUGAUGAGUUGCGAUCAUUAUCUGGCGAUCAACUAUCUUGGCGUUCUGCCUCACGAACGGCGUAAAGGGUUUGGUCGAGCCUUGCUGCAACAUGUCCUGGUUAAGGCGGACGAAGCACAUUAUCCGGUCUAUGUCGAGAUCACCGAUGCUGGGGCCGUUGCCUUCUUUGCUAAAUUUGGAUUUACGAUCCGCGGCAAGGUGGAUUCCAAUAGCAUGCCAGUGAUCUUGAUGGUUCGCGACCCAGUUAUCCGCAGCGACCGCCCUGUAUCGCUUCAAAUUGGCCCUGGACGACGGCGCUCAUUUACUUGA